UUCCGGGUUGGCAUAGUGGUACAGUUCAGUGGGGUAAAGGUAACCGCUGCUGCUGCUGAGGAUACAAACACACCGACCGGGCUCAUUAAAUGUAUUUCUGCAGUGUGUGGAUGCAGUCAGCUAAAGUCAACGCAGCCUGAAGACGUCUCAGUUCCGUCCAAGGAGAAGAAAUGGAUAAUAACUUGUCAGAGACUGUGCCAGAGCGGACCUUCCAGUACCAAAACAGCCUGCCAUCCCUGCCUGUCCCAUCACUAGAGACCAGCCUUUCAAAGUACCUGAAUGCAGUUCGUCCAUUUGCAUCUGACGAAGAGUUCAAGGCUACAGCGGAUAUUGUGAGGAAAUUUCAAGAUGGUGUUGGCAAAGAGCUUCACCAGAAGCUACUGCAGAGAGCCAGGACAAGGAGGAACUGGCUGGAAGAAUGGUGGUUAGACACUGCUUAUCUGGAGCCACGCAUCCCCUCUCAGCUGAAUGUGAACUUUGCCGGCCCUGGGGCGUACUUAGAGCACUGCUGGCCUGCUGAAGAGGGAACUCAACUGGAGAGGGCCAGUAUCAGCACAUGGCACACACUACAGUACUGGAACCUGAUCCGCACGGAGAGGAUUCAUCCUCAGAAAGCUGGAAAAAUACCGCUGGAUAUGGACCAGUUCAGAAUGCUGUUCUGCACCUGCAAAGUACCUGGAGUAAAGAAGGACACCAUUCGUAAUUACUUCAAGACAGAGAGUGAGGGUCCGUGCCCUUCCCAUUUGUUAGUGAUGUGUCGUGGACGGAUCUUCACAUUUGACGCAGUCCAUGAUGGACAAAUCCUCACUCCUCCAGAACUUCUCAGGCAGCUGAGCUAUGUGAAGCAGUGCUGUGAAGGAGAGCCGGUGGGAGAAGGAGUGGCUGCUCUCACCACAGACGAGAGGACUCGUUGGGCGCAGGCCAGGGAGCAUCUAAUAAGCAUUGACCCACAUAAUAACACCAUCUUGGAGACCAUCCAGAGCUGCCUGUUCAUCGUUUCUCUGGAUGAAGCGAAACCCUACUCCACUGCAGAGAACUACUCAAAUUUGACCAUGGAAGCCCUUGCAGGCGACCCCACCAUCCGCUGGGGUGACAAAUCAUACAAUUCACUGGUGUUCGGAAAUGGCACUUUUGCAUCCAAUUGUGAUCAUGCACCAUAUGAUGCCAUGGCACUGGUGUCUAUGUGUUGGUAUCUGGAUCAGCAGAUCAAAGCUGCAGGAGGCAAAUGGCAGGGCUCAGAUGCAGUCAGACCUGUACCCCGUCCUGAGGAGCUGGUGUUUACUGUGGAUGAAAAAAUCCAGAGUGCUAUCAGCCACGCCAAACAGCAAUAUCUUGAGGCGGCACAGGACCUGCAGAUUGUGUGUUACGCCUUCACAGGGUUUGGAAAAGCAGACAUCAGACAGAAGAAGUUGCAUCCAGACACCUUUGUUCAACUAGCAAUACAGCUGGCCUACUACAGAAUUCACAAAAGGCCAGGAAGUUGUUACGAGACAGCAAUGACUCGCAAGUAUUACCACGGCAGGACGGAUACGAUGCGACCCUGCACCCAGGAGGCUGUGAACUGGUGCAAAGCCAUGAUGGACCCAACGUGUGAUGCUGACACCAAGAGGAAAGCCAUGCUGCAGGCCUUCACAAAACACAACAAACUGAUGGGUGAAGCCCAGGAAGGAAAAGGUUUUGACAGGCAUCUCCUUGGGCUGUACCUCAUUGCUAAGGAGGAGGGUCAUCCCACUCCAGAACUCUUCACAGAUCCUCUCUAUGCAAAGAGUGGCGGUGGUGGUAACUUUGUGCUGUCGUCCAGUCUGGUGGGCUACACUACAAUCCUGGGGGCCGUGGCUCCCAUGGUGCACCACGGCUAUGGCUUUUUCUAUCGCAUCAGAGAUGACAGGAUUGUGAUCUCCAUGUCAGCAUGGAAAUCUUGCCAUGAGACGGACGCUGUGAUACUAUUCAACAACUUCUCCAGCUCCUUGCAUCAGAUGCUCCACCUGGCCACUACAUCUCAGCUAUAAGUACCCACACUGGCACAUUAAUGCACACACGGUUCACAGACCCUCAGCUGAGAGCCGACAGCUACAGAUAGUCACAUUUGUUCUGAGCACAGAUCAAUGCAAAGUUAGAGAAUCAGUACUGUUAGGUGAUAUCCACCGUCUCUGGCAUUAGGAGAAUCUAUCAACUUUUCUGUUUCAUGUAGUGAUAAACACUUUACUAUGAGUUUUUAUUUUCUGUGUAUAUGUUUUUCUUGUUUUAAUGAUUCUUGUGUAAAUUAUGUAGAAAAUGUUUAAUUUUAAAUCCUGACAGUAUUAAUCUGCCUUUAAGCUAAAAUGAUGUUAAGGCUCAAGACCUGAGUAGAAGUUAAAGUGACACCGGUUGGGUUUCCAACCAAAUCAAGUGCAAAUUUUAACCAAAAUCAGCAAAAGAAAAUGCAAAUUUGUGUGCUUUUUCAUUCUAGGGGAUGAUGAAAAAUUUUGUGUAUGGAUAAAAGUUAGGUGCAACAAAAUUCAUGCCUGCAAUCAAUAAGCUGUGCAACGACCACGCAAAGUUAUUACUACUUCUACUGAAAGAUCUGUACUUCCUCCACCUCUGCAUUAGCAUAAAAUCAUGUGUGGACAGUCCCUAAAUAAACUUGAUUUCUCACCUGAAGAGCUGAUAUCCAGAGCUAUGACUCGCCAGGCUGUAUGUUUUUUUUUUUAGCCAUUGUCUUUGUAAUGACGGGAUAGUGGGUUGUUUAGCUGGGGAUAUUUCUUGACCCCAACAAUGAGUCUCUCUUCAUCCAUUCUUCAUCUCACAUACGAGACAACAUCACCAACAGAGUUCUCUUCAUACAACAAUGGUAAUAAGAGGAGUUGAGCUGCGAUAGAAGCAGAGAAAAAGAGCUGCUACGGCAGCCGGUAUGUACAAGCAGAGAGCGAGUGGGGGAAAAUGUAUGUAAUUUGGGGGCGAGGCUGGAAAUAGGACAGAUGGGAAGCCAGUGUAAGGAAACUAAAAAAAAACUGUUUUUAACUGUUGUUCAAACACAGUUUCCAUUGUCCAGUGUGCUCACUGUUUUUAUACAUCCAUUGUUUUCGUUCGUUUGAGGUUUGAGUGGCGCUGUUUUAGGAGGCUUUCAUAUCAUGGACCUGGGCCCCGAUCCAAGUGCACUUGGCCCCAAACACCAGUUUGUUGGAGAAGUGUAAAUGGAUCAGGGCACUGUGUACCAUACACGGACACAGUGCCCUGAUCUAUCCAACUGUACCAAAAGACAGAAGUGAAACACUAUUUAACAUGACUACAAGGAAUUUUUAACCGGUUAUAAAACAGUCUGAAUGAAAUACUGAUGCCUCUAAAUCAGACAGCAGCAGAUUCAGCUUUGCUGCUCCGCUUAUUGGCACUGAUGACAGUCGCGGGGCAGCAUUGUCCAUCUUAGGCGACCUUUUCUACUCUGUAGCGCAACAAAAAUGUCACAUAGAUGAUGACCCAAGUGCACUCGGGUACAGAAUAACGUUAGUAGCGUGAAAGCUGAGCAGCGGUGGAGAGGAGUGGGGGUGAAAUCGUACUUUGGCAUGGCAUGAAUCAAUUGUACCUAACAUGAAAACACCCUUACUUAAUGUCAUCUUGUUGCACCCUCUCCUGCAGUGGCACCGCACUGGAGCAUUAGCGCCACCCACUGCUGAUCUCGCUGAACCAGCUCCCAAUAUUUGCGUAACAGCAGUUGAUCGAAAGCACGUUAAUAAAUUUGUUUUGCUGAUUUUUUGAAAACUUGGUCAAUUUUUUGCUACAUUUGGAUGAAACUUAACUUGUGUCAGUUUUAAGGUGGAAAACUAAAGAAAAAACUUCUGGUUGUUUUGACCGUUGGCCUUAAAUGUUUCUGCGAUAGUAAAAGACAUUCCAGUUGAACCCAUAAAAAAUAGCUUUGAUAUUAGUACGGUUAAUUUGCCUUGUUUUAUGUUUGGAAAUGGUGAAAAUCUACAGCAAUAUGCAACAUAAGUACUAAACUGUUUAGGUUGAACUGAUGUUGAAAUUUAUCUGAGAAAUCAGUGAAUAUCUUCUUGGUGUUUGUUUUUAUUUGUGCCUUGUAUGAUCAAAAACAAAAAGAAGAAAUGAAAAUCUUCCUUCAACCUUCCAACAACCAUACAUACCGCUGGCACUCCCUGUCUGUACGUUAUUAGAAGUACAGGGGUAACAUGAGGUUGCAGGACUAGUUUUUGCAGUCUGGUCAGUUGCAAUCACUGUAUCUGGAUCAUGGCUGUAUAAAUAGAAGUGGAUACAGUGUUGGAGGCUGGGCCACGAUCAUAGACUAGAAUAGAAUAGAUUAUAUCUUUAUUGUCCACCAUGGGUAGAAAUUUGUCUUCAGCUCGCCAAACAUAAAAGACAACAUUGUAAAAAGCAGACAAAUAGUAAGACAAGCACAUAGUCACUGACAAAACCCACUUAAACACAUCAGAUCAGCUCACUGACUGUCUGUGGUGUAAAACUCAUCAGUCACCUGGCGUUUUUGCCAGGGUGCUCUGAACUCCUUGAGUUGAAAAAACGGAUAAAUGCCCCACGUUAUCUCUUUUUUUUUUUGUCAUGGUCACGACAACAAGUUUACAGUUGGUAAACAAUAGAGGAGAAACUGGUGGUAGCGGUUGCUGGAUACCCAGUGCUACACAGCCCGAUGAUAGCAGGUUGUCAUCCUAAAAAACGCCUGCAACCAGCCAUCAUCGAGGAGAAGCUCCUGGACCAACUGGUGGUACUCCCCAUGAUCCACCCUUUUAUAUAGGGUCUCAUGUACCACACAGAUAUCCUGCAAAAAGCUUUCUGUGUGAUCAGACCCUUAAUCAUGCUGCUCUUCACUAUCCACUGAUUUCCACUUUCACUGCUAAGAAACAACAGCAAACACUAGCUAGCUAUGCAGGACGUAACGUUACUACUGUAUUUUGCUAGCUUCCACUUUCUUGAGUUGCCUCUUAGUCUCUUGAGGUGCUACACAUUGCUUUGUACUACAAACUGCUGGAUCACUUAUUGUUGACUCAUUUUUUAUUUUUAAACCAAAACCCUCCUUUCUAAGUCACUACACUUACAGGGCCUGGACCACACACCUUUAUCUGUGUACUGUCUGUCAAGUUAACGAGGAAUGUUCAUAUGACUUUACAUUAACUGCUGUAAAACAUAAAUAAGCCUUAAAAAUGUUAUUCACCAACAUUGUUUUCCUGCUUUUAAAGCCUAAUCUGUAAUAAGUCUACAAAGCUUAUGGAAAUGGCAAAAUGUGAAUAAGAUUGUACUUCCUUUAUCUUUAAAUAAUAUCUGAAUAUUUUAAAUUUCAAUUGCAUUUCUAUUAUUGUAAAAAUGUUAAAUGUGAUUUUGGAAAUGUAGCAAAGUUGUUCUGACAAAUAAACCUGAGAG